AUAACAACGCUUUAUAUCGUCUGGAAACACGACUUCAUUGAAUCUACCAACUGCAUCGGAGACAGCCAAGUCAUUGCCGAGGUGCCUAUCAUGGUCAAUAGUUUAACUAUUUACCUCAUCGAGUGGAUGAUGCCCGCUGCUCAUUAACACGUGAUAUUCCGAUUGGAUGACAUCCGGUGAUGUCACUAUUAUGAUUAUCAGACACUAAUUGGAGACCGCCAUCGUCCUGUCCUAUUUUAUUUGACUGCGUUAUGCGAACUCGAUUAAUUUCAAUGACGAAUUUGAUCCGUCGGUUUCGCCGUUCCUAGCAGGAUGCCUAGCUGGUCAAAACACUUGUCAGAAUCUCAAACACAAAAUAUCCUGUCUAGCUCCAAAAUGCUAUUCUAGACUUUGAACAUGACAAUUAAUUUCGAGAAAUGAAUCUUACUUAUGGAUGACAAAAUUCAUGCCAGGAAUCGUCAAACAAUCCUCGUUGUACUUUUACAAUCUACAUGGUAUUUCAUUAUUAUCCAGACAACGUUGCAAUGGAAACUAUUUGAAUGUAAUGACUCCAAUGCUGAUAUUAGGUAGAACAGAAAGUUCAUCAAACAUGCGGUAGAAAGUGCAGAACAAGAUCAUUGCUUGAAGGGAAUAUCUUUAACCACUUAGCAGCAAAGUUGUUGUUCUGUAUGCAUGGCAAGGAAAUCAGGACACAGGAGCCAAUCGCUACCUUACCCCUUGCACCAUUGACGCGACCAUGAUCAGGAUGCUACUGACGGAUAAUUACACCCAUGAUCAAAUGCCCCAUGACCAGGGUGAGGGAAUGGAUAAUGCCUUCCCUUUAAUAGGUGGAUACUUGCUCGUGGUGGUUGUUCUCGGAACCAUGGGCAACGUCACGGUUAUUUACACAUUUCUUCGCGUCAAGAAACUCCACAGUCCCACCAAUCUCCUCAUCGUUAACCUCUCAGCCAGCGAUCUCCUCGUCGCAACCACCGGAACACCCCUCUCCAUGAUCAGCAACUUCUACGGUCGCUGGAUAUUCGGAUCUCACACCUGUGCCUUCUACGGAUUCGUCAACUACUACUGCGGCUGCAUAUCUUUAAACAGCCUCGCAGCCAUAUCAGUGUUCCGCUACAUCAUAGUAGUCAGGGGUAAUGUCCAGAACCAGAGGCUCACCCUCCGCUCAAGCGUCUACGCGAUCGGGAUCAUCCACCUAUAUACGAUGAUCUUCGCGACGCCACCGCUUUACGGUUGGAACCGUUUCGUCCUCGCGGGUUUCCAUACUGGCUGUGACAUUGAUUUCCACACCAAGACACCACUCUUUAUAUCAUACAUAUGCUAUAUGUUCUUCUUCCUGUUCUUCUUACCUCUUGGUCUCAUAUCCUGGAGUUACUUCAAGAUUUACCAGAGAGUGAGCCAACAUUCAGAUUCAAUGAGGACAACUUUCACGCACGUGGCCACAGAGACAAACAGCGAUGAGAAACGUGUCUGGCUUGAGCAAAUGAAGAACACAAAACUACUCCACAAACCAGUGAAGCUUCUACGCUUGAAACCAAAGUUUAAACCUAGAUUCCACCAACGGAGAACUGCCUCAACCAUACUCAUUACAAUAGCAGUGUUUUUAAUUUCGUGGCUUCCUUAUUGUAUUGUAUCUCUUUGGAUUCUCAUUGAUGAUGAGAAUUCUAUAUCACAGUUGUCCGCGACGAUCCCCUCUCUCUUUGCAAAGUCAGCUGUCAUGUACAAUCCACUGAUUUACGCAGUGAUGAACUCCAGAUUUAGAAAAGCUUUUCUCAAAUCUCUAUCAUCUCUAAAAUGUCCCGGCAGACACGAGUUGAACCAGUCAAAUUAAAGGUUCAUUCCAAUAUGCUGUCUUAGGAAAUACUCCCCAUAUGGUUUGGCGAUUAUGGUAAAUCAAAAUGUGUGAACAUAGACACGGUAACAUCAUCGGAAACAUUAAUGUUUAUAACAGCAUUAGCUGAAUGAAAAACAUCUACAAUGAACAUAGUACUUGCAUAAAUCUUUGUUUCUUUACAUGUCUACACCUCCUGCUUCAGAAACAGGUGACCUGGACAGCUGGUGACCUGGACAGUUAGAUAUAGAAUCCUAUCACAUUUAUCGGCAAGAACUGCUUUAUUGAUUUGAAUGGUAGGAAAGAGAUUUUGCAGGGUAUUGGACCGUCGUCGCUUCAGUAAUUUCGAGAAAAAAAAAUCACACCAAGUCUGCCUUUCACUUUCCAAUGAAAGAAGAAAAACACCCAAAUAAGAACAAAGUAACUUGGUGUAUGUAGAGAAAGACGCCAAAGAUGAACAAACAUGACGGACGGUAAGGUCACCUAUUGACCGCAGGACUAAGCUUUACGAUUAAUUGUAGUUAACAUUAUAUACGUGCAAUCAAUCAGACAAAUUUGUUUUUGUAUUAAGUAGUUUUUAUUGUCUCACCUGCAUAGCAGAGUGAGACUAUAGGCGCCGCUUUUCCGACGGCGGCGGCGGCGGCGGCGACGGCGGCGGCGGCGUCAACACCAAAUCUUAACCUGAGGUUAAGUUUUUGAAAUGACAGCAUAACUUAGAAAGUAUAUGGACCUAGUUCAUGAAACUUGGCCAUAAGGUUAAUCAAGUAUUACUGAACAUCCUGCCUGAGUUUCAUGUCACAUGACCAAGGUCAAAGGUCAUUUAGGGUCAAUGAACUUAGACCAUGUUGGGGGAAUCAACAUCAAAAUCUUAACCUAAGGUUAAGUUUUUGAAAUGUCAUCAUAACUUAGAAAAUAUAUGGACCUAGUUCAUGAAACUUAUACAUAAGGUUAAUCAAGUAUCACUGAACAUCCUGCAUGAGUUUCACAUCACAUGACCAAGGUCAAAGGUCAUUUAGGGUCAAUGAACUUUGGCCGAAUUGGGGGUAUCUGUUGAAUUACGAUCAUAACUUUGAAAGUUUAUGGAUCUGAUUCAUGAAACUUGGACAUAAUAGUAAUCAAGUAUUACUGAACAUCCUGUGCAAGUUUCAGGUCACAUGAUCAAGGUCAAAGGUCAUUUAGGGUCAAUGAACUUUGGCCAAAUUGGGGUAUUUGUUGAAUUACAGCCAUAAAUUUGAAAGUGUGUUGGUCUAGUUCAUAAAACUUGAACAUAAUAGUAAUCAAGUAUCACUGAACAUCCUGUGCGAGUUUCAGGUCACAUGAUCAAGGUCAAAGGUCAUGUAAGGUCAAAGAACUUUGGCCACGUUGGGGGUAUUUGUUGAAUUGCCAUCAUAUCUCUAUAAGUGUAUUGGUCUAGUUCAUAAAACGUGGAAAUAAGAGUAACCAAGUAUCACUGAACAUCUUGUGCGAGUUAUAGUAGUUUUCAAAAUCAGCACUGCUGCUAUAUUGAAUCGCGUGAUGCAGGUGAGACGGCCAGAGGCAUUCCACUUGUUUGACAACAAAUCAAUUUAUCACUAUAUUUCUUUUCUUAAAAAGAGUUACAAUAAACACAAUUUCAGACAUCUUUUAAUACAUUAUUAUAAAUCACAUUGAUGAUAAUAACAUGUAUUAAGAGACAAUAAACUCAACAUACUCAUUUUUCUUCG